CAAAAGUUUCUUCAACUACCCAUAAAUUUUUCCUCUAAAAACAAGUCAUGUCCAUCAAAGUUGAGAUUGUGAGUUCAAAGCUAGUAGGACCAAUGUACAAUGGUUAUGAACCAAAACCAGUUCCUAAUACAUUUAUUUCUCUUACUGUCUUUGACAAGGUAGUGGAAGAUGAUUACGCAUCGGUCCUAUAUGUGUAUAAACCACCAAACCCAUCAAACAUGUCAUUAGAACAAGGUCUCCGGAGGGCUUUAGUUGAGUACCCAGAAAUGGCUGGCAGGUUUUCUACAAAUGAAAACUGUGAUGAACGUGUGAUACUACUAAAUGACAAAGGUAUGAGAUUCAUUGAAGCAACCGCUGAUUGCACUCUCGAUGAGGUUGUUCUGUUCAAGCCGUCUACCUUGUCGACUUUCAACCCAAAUGAAAGAAGACUAGAUGAAUUGGCUCUUGUUCAGCUUACUAGAUUCACUUGUGGUUCACUAGUUUUGUUCUUUUCCAGCAGCCACAUAGUGGCUGAUGGUGCAUCUGCCAGUCAAUUCGUUGUUGCAUGGAGCCAAGCUUGUCGAGGUUUAAAGAUUCCUCCGCGCCCUUUGUACAACCGGAACAUAUUUGUUCCACGAGAUCCGCCUAUAGUCGCUUCCGACCACAAAAAUGUCGAGGUUGCAAAGAGGGUGAUCAAUCAUAAUGAGCUGAUGGAUCAACUACUUCCUUACUCGGCAGAUAAUGUGGUCUAUCAUAAAGCACAUUUCACACCCGAAUUUAUUGCCAACCUUAAGAGUAAGGCUAACUCUACAGUUCCAGAUACCGCUGACGGAAAACGUAGGCCUUAUUCCACCUUUGAAAGCUUGGUAGCUCAUAUAUGGAGAACCAUGGCUAAGGUCCGAGGACUUACAGAUCUUCAGACAACCGAAGUUAAGAUCUCCGUGAAUGGACGAAGAAGGUUGAAACCUUGUGUUCCAGAUGAGUACUUUGGUAAUGUGGUUCUUGCUGCAUUUCCUCAAUCUCGAGUGAACGAACUUUUGCAGAAAUCCUUGAGCCAUGCCGCUGAGGGAUGGAAAGUCCCAACCGUGUGGCCCAAUUUGGAGGCCGAUAGCUGGCUUGGAUUUCCAUUCAGCGCCGUGGAUUUCGGAUUUGGAAAGCCUUAUAUUUUCAUGCCAUCAUUUGCACCUUGGGAGGGUGUGGUGUAUUUGGUUCCUUCAUUGGAUGGUGAUGGAAGUAUAGAUGUCUACAUAACUUUGUUCGAGCAACAUCUGAAUCUGUUCGAAGAAAUUUGUUUCUGCGUAAACUAAUUAAGAUAUAGACCUCUCUAAUUAAACUUGCCGUAUGUGAGAGCAGAACCAGCAGAUGAUUAAUUCUAUACCAUGAGAAGUUUUCUUUCUUUUUUUCUUUUUCUUUUUUUUUUUUACACAAUUUGUA